AUGCCUCACCCAAAUGCCAAAUCUCAUGUUGCAUCUAGCAAGACCUGUAAUAAAGCUGAUGUCUUUGUAGCUAAUCCUAAAGAUAUAAAUGAUGUAGAAGAAAACAUGAAUAUUCUGGAAGACUGGGAGUUAUUUGAAAUAACACAUAAUAGCUUUCAAAAUUAUGCAUUAAAAACUAUAAAAUGGCAUAAAAAAGCCGAUAAAAAAUUAAACCCUACUUUUUAUACUAUUCUGAAUUGUUGUGCAAGACAUACACUUACAAUGGAACCAGAUUUUUUGGAACAAAAAACUUCAAUUGCAGAGACUGUUGAAGCUGCUAAGCAUAUUUUUGAAUUAUAUUCAAAAUUUCAUUGUGAAUGCAACUUCAUCGAGUGUUUUUAG